AUAUGAUUGUAAACGUGAGUGCAUUGAAUUUUUAUAUCAAACUAAAAUAUUAAAAGUCGCAGGCAUUAGCUGUCCUGAUAAGUGUUUUUGUAUUAAUGUGGAGAGUAGCUGUAGAGUAGUUAAUACAACAUCCAUUGGACACUAGCAGCAGGAGCAGCAGCAGUAGAAGCACUUCAAUAGAUAGAGAGACAGUUAAGUAGAUACAUCAGUAGCUAGCUAGCAUCUGGGUGAAAAUGGACGAGUCACAACCGAAAACGUUGUACGUUGGCAACCUGGACAGUUCGGUUUCGGAGGAUCUGCUUAUUGCACUCUUUGGCAAAAUGGGACCAGUUAAAAGCUGUAAAAUCAUAAGGGAACCAGGCAAUGAUCCGUAUGCCUUCAUCGAAUAUUCCAAUUACCAGGCGGCCAGCACUGCACUGACGGCCAUGAACAAACGUGUGUUUCUAGACAAAGAGAUCAAGGUCAACUGGGCCACUAGUCCGGGCAACACGCCCAAGACAGACAUCAGCUCGCACCAUCAUAUAUUUGUUGGUGAUCUCAGUCCAGAGAUUGAGACAGAGACGCUGCGCGAGGCUUUCGCGCCAUUUGGCGAGAUAUCAAACUGUCGCAUUGUGCGCGACCCACAGACCAUGAAGUCCAAGGGCUAUGCCUUCGUAUCGUUUGUAAAGAAGGCCGAAGCCGAGAAUGCAAUUCAGUCAAUGAAUGGCCAAUGGAUCGGUUCACGUAAUAUACGCACGAAUUGGUCAACACGCAAAUUGCCACCGCCACGGGAAUCGUCCAAGUCAGGUGGCCAAGGUGGCGGCAUGGGUGGAAUGGGUGGCGGCGGCGGCGCUGGUAAUGGCAUUAAGAACAACCAACGACACACCUUCGAGGAGGUCUACAAUCAGUCAAGUCCCACAAACACCACCGUUUACUGUGGCGGCUUCCCGCCAAAUGUUAUCAGCGAUGAGCUGAUGCAUAAGCACUUCAUGCAAUUUGGCCCCAUACAGGAUGUCCGUGUUUUCAAAGACAAGGGAUUCGCGUUCAUCAAGUUCGUUACAAAAGAGGCGGCGGCACGCGCCAUCGAGCAUACGCACAACAGCGAGGUGCACGGCAAUCAUGUCAAGUGUUUCUGGGGCAAGGAAAAUGGUGGCGAUAACUCGGCCAACAAUGUUAACGCAGCCGUUGCGGCGGCUGCCUCUGCCAAUGUGGCCGCCGUGGCGGCAGCAAAUGCGGCCGCCGCCGCAGGUGCAGCUGGCAUGCAAGGCCAAAUGAUGACACAGCAACAGAUUGCCGCAGCCACUGGGACAGCGUUACCCGGCCAAAUGAUGACGCCCCAACAGAUAGCAGCCGCUGCAGCGGCGGCGCAGGCACAGUACCCUUAUGCGGCAGCAUACCAACAAAUGGGCUACUGGUACCCACCGGCGCAGAGCUACCCGGCCCAGAUGCAAACGCAGUACAUGCAGCAGGGUUAUUAUCCUUAUGCCUACACUACCAGUGCUCAACAGGCAGGAGCUGUACCUGCCGGGUACCGUGUGAUGCCGCCAAAUAUGGCAUGGGGUGUGCCUGGCGCCACUGUGGUGCCAGGAGUGAGUGCCGCUGCUAGUGCGGCUGCUGCCGCGAACGGUUCGCUUGCCCCACAAAUGAUGUACAGCGCUGCGAUGCCACAAUAUCAAACCCAAUGAGCAGAGACAUGACGCCUGCUUCGACGCCGUCUGCAAUAUUCGGGCAGCCAGCAGCGACCGCAUCCACAUCAACGUCCGCAAAAUUUACAACAACAGGCCAAUAUCGUGUUCGAGUCUGAAACUAUUAGUACUGAUGMCAACAACAACAAUAACGACACAAGCAGCAGCAACAUCACCACAAUGACCACAAUGACCGGGAAUUAAAAUCUGUUAUCGAGGAGACGCUUGACAUUUACCCUAAUGUUUCAAUUCCUAUCGUUUCUACAGCUAAGCUAGCUACACACUGCAUUAUGCUCAGUUUACGUUCGCAUAGUGAGCUGCAUUACGUUAAGUUAAAAGCAGAAGCGUUUCGAAAAUUAACAUUGCAAUUUGUGUCAUCAUUCGCCGUAUGUUCUGCAGAUGUUUGUGUGUGCGAGCUGGUCGAAGCAAAGCGUUGAACUAAAAGUUGAAUCGCGCGCAGCGKCAGCGGCAGCGCUCUGAAGCUCUGGGCGACGGGCGGGUAGCUGUAACAAUCUAAUCCAAUCUAAGUACAUGUUAAAAUAAUUUAAUGAUUUGUAAUUUAAGUCAGAUAUAGGCGUAUACAAGAAAAGGAAACAAAAACAAAA